AUGUCUGAUAAAAACAAGCCGUUCAUUAACACCGCCAUCCUAGAGCUGGAAAAAAAGCUUUCAUCUGCCACUGCCAACAUAAGCUGCCAAACGCAACAUAUAUCUAGUUUUCAACAACCUCAGCAAAUACUACAACAACAAUCGCAAACACAACAGCAACAACAACAACAACCACAUCAGCAAAGCUUUCAACCAAAUUAUCAUCUACAACAGGCGUCUAUUCCUGGCUGUGAUCUACAAAGCAUUCACCAACAGUCGAAAGUAGUUUCACCUCAAUACAGCAACCACCACCCGGUGGUGUACUCUGCCUGCAUUCCGCAAUAUCAGCUGUCCUCGGUGCAGCAGCAGCAGCAGCCAACUCCACCUUCGAGCUCGAAUCUAGCCAGCAUUUUGCAAGUUAUUCGUGCGGAACAGCGCUUCCCGUCCGAUUAUACACCGAACCGGCCGGUGCCGGACUCCUCGGUUUUCACCCGAUCAGUUAGUCUAGAUCGGAUAACUCCACCCUUACCGUCGUCUUCUGUCCCACCGUGCAAAGCCACCACCAACAACUUCCGUAAAAUACAACGUCACCCUCCGGUGUCCUACCCGAAGAAACCGCUAGUCACACGGCGAUCACCCGGAUCUCCACCAUCGCCCCGAAUUGUUGAUUCGAGUUACUCACCUUCCGGAUAUCAGCCACACCAUCAACCGCCACCACCGCAGGCACUAUCAGUGCCGUCGGCAUUCGCCGUUGCCUCCAGCAGUGGGCUGCAGCAGUCGCUGCGGAGGCCCCCCAACAAAUCAUCCUUGAAACGGCAUGACGCAUUCCUCAAGACUCGUUCCAAAACGAUCUCGGACUUUUUCGGUCCCGAAUCCACUCCCGUCAGUCGUUUGUUAAACAUAAUAUGCCAAGAGAAGGAAGCGGAAAGAGCGAAAGCGAACAUGAGCAGUAGCAACGGUAGAACGGGACUUAGUAGCAAAUUAACGGCGUCCAAAGAUGGCAUCCUGUCGAAGAUUCCGAUGGCGGCGCCGACGCAUCCGACCAGUUCGUCUUCGACUAGCUCCUCUUCCGGUUCGUCGUCUGCAUCGACGCUUCCGUGGCGCUACCAAUUCAGUAAAGCACGCAAAGAAAAUGUGAUUCCGGCUGCGACGACAAAUGCAUCCUCCUCGUCGCUCAACUCCGCCAGCAGUAGCAGCAGAAAUGGAGCCGCAGCGGCAGCGGCGGCGGCCGAAAUGUAUGCCUCCAAGGACAUCGAUAGAAUAGCGAAGUACAAGGCUGACCGGCGAAAAGCGAUCUAUUUAAGAAACACUGUCCAAGAAAACGAAAAUGAAAGACUGGAACAUAAGAAGAGAUCAUCAUCUCGUACGACUACAAACGCUCCUACAUCAAGUGCAAUUCAUAGUAAAUCUCAAACAUCAGCAACCAUCCCUUCGAAAGCACAAUCGUCCUCCUCAUCUGUCGCUAGAACGACACAAACGACGUCCUCAUCAUCACGCAGUUCAACGACGCAAACGAAACCGCACUCUUCGUCCUCUACCUCCAGCCUAGCAGCCAUUAGUACUAAACAACUUCCUCAGCAGCAUAGUAGCAAACGAUCAAGUAACAGUAUCGGUGGUGGUGGUGGAUCUCUGCCACUGUCCCCUGUACAUCAGUCACAACAGCAGCAACAGCAACGCAAACCGCAACGUAACCGCAGCAGUACCCGCUCGGCAACGUCAUCCGAAGAAAAGCAGAUUGCUGCCACGGCGACGUCCCCGAAAACCACCGCAAUGCAAUCUCAACAACAGCAACAGAGCAAACAACAGCAACUACAGCAGCAGCAGCAACAGCAGCCGAUACGGACCACGCGAUCGUCCAGGCUUCGGGCCGCUGCGCUGGAGAAAGAGCGUACUGCUGCUUCGUCGACCGGCGGAACGAAAGCUUCACCGGUGCCGCCUGCCUUUGCCGGUGUCAGUAGCAGAGACACACCGCACGGUUUGCUCAACCUGUCGCAGCAGCGCUCGAAAGUAUCACCAGGCCGAAACAGCAGCGGCGGCGGGAGCUCGAAACUGUUGCUGCAUCCAUCAGUCAGCGCCAGCAAUAGCAGUGGCAGUUACAGUAGUCAAUCGACGAACUAUAUCAGCAGUAGUAGCAGCAACACAAGCCAGCUAUCGGCUCACAUCUCUUCCGCUAGUAACAGCUCGAAUACUGCCCGAACCAAGACGGCGCCAACAGUUAAGCAAGACCUCGCAAAGAAACAGCCCGUAACCGCAACGGUGGCGGCAGCGGCAUCACCAGCAGCGAAACCGCGAAUGGUUCCGACGAUUGCCGUCAAUAUGAAGCAGAAAUUGCGAGGAAUGACUGAAACCAUUAAACGUGAUAUUAAUCGUAACAAAACUAGCACCAGUAACAUUAGUAGUAGCAGCCGCACUGAUAGGGCAGUGACAUCGAACAACAACGGAAAUAACCGUCAGCCAGUAGACGUUGCCAACGUCUUAAACGGCAAUGGUGCUGACGCUGACGUCGUCAUCGUCACUGGCUCGAGUGAUACGGAAUUUAGAAAUAUCAACAACAACAACAACGUCAUUGAUCCUUCAGCGAAGCAGCAGUCCGAUGAUGGGGAGAAUGCUUUUUUUGAACAGCUUCCCUCGAAUGGGACCGCAGUCAGCGGUGCCAUUCCCACAGGGAGAACAUCACUGCCAGGCCAGCAAAAGCAGCAGCAACGUGCCGCGCCACUUAGUUCGAUCGGAAGCUUGAGCAGUCUGGAUUCUCCUACGGUCAUGAAUACGCGAAUGCGAACGUCUACAAUGAAAUCAGGCCUUCGGGCGAAGUUUGUUGCUCCUACCACCGGCACAAUGAGGAAGACGACUGUCGCCACUGCAGCAGCAGUCUUCCCAGCAGAGGACAUUGAGUCACUGAGUCCGGUAUUGAGUGGAGGCGCCACCCUAACCAUUGCUGCCGGAGGGCGUGACAAAUCGGACAAGCGCAAGUCGAAUCUUAACCGAUCCCAGCAUGAGGAAGCAACCGUUAAACGACCCUCGUCAACCGAACGACGCCGACAUCGCAAAUCAACCGGAACCAGCACGGAGCCGGCAAAACCGAGCGGCGGCGACAGUCGUAUCGCGUCACCACGGACAACGAGCAAGCCACUCCGAAAAUCAAGCUCCUCGGAGAAACCACCGUCAGUCGUCGUCGAAACCCGUAGCCCCGCUCUAUCACCCCCUCCAACGGUAACGGCCUCCAGCAGUGCAGCGGCAUCACCCUCAUCACCGCCGCUUCGGAAAGGUUCCUCGCUGCGUCAAUCAUCGAGCGGUAGUUCGCGAACGGCGUUUACCACAAGCCCGACCGUGGCGUCGGCUUCGUCGGCCCCAUCGAGCCCGUCGAAAUGGUCCUCCUCUCUGCCCAGGGUCAGCAAAACUCCGUCCCCCGUCCGCAAGUUGCCCCAGCUGCUACGACGAAGUCCGCCUCAUCUGUUGCACUCGUCCAGCUCGAGUGCCACACUGGCUGCCGCUGCCGCUACGGGUUCGCCCGGUAGCAGUCGCGACCGGCUGGAUGUCGUUAGAGUAGAUAGCAGAAUUUCCGCCAGCGCUAGCAGUCAGGACACGGAUACCCUGCCCGACUCGCCGUUGGUGCAACCAUAUUCUAAAUUUAGUCAAAUGUUAAAAUCGCCAACGUUGGAAAAGUAUCAGGAAGUGAUCGUAAGACCAGCUGUGCGACUACGGCUGGAAGAUGAAUUACAGGAAGAGCCACAGGAAGUGCCAUUGGAUUUGGAUGAGCAGGAAUUGUUGGUGCCUUUGGAACCGGAAUUGGUGUUGUUGCCAUUGAACAAAGCGGAGACAGAAGAAAAUGGCAAUGUUGUUGAAGAUGAAGCAGCAGCUGCCAGCAUUGUCGUGAUUGAGGAUGAUGAACCAAGUCUCAGACCAGAUCUUGAGGAGGCGGGACCUUCUGGAUUAGGUGCAAUUGUGAUCGAUAAUGAUGACGACAACGACGAUGACGAUGAUAUUAUUGUGCUAGACGAAAUCAAAAGAAGUGGUUCCAGCUCUCCGAGGCGUGGUAAUAAAAUAUUAUUUGACGAUAAAUUCAAUGACGAGUUUGUCGUGAUCGAAAAUAGUCCCAAGAGUCAUUUUAUACAAUCGCUUGAUGAGACUGACAUAAUUGUAAUCGGGGACAACGACGAGGACUACCCACCUAGGCCGGCAAGCAGCAACAGCACGGAAAGAGGUGCCGGUGCCUACGAAAAGAAACUGGUAAAGAUGAGCUCGGUGGAGCAUUUCGAAAGUUUGCGCCAGCGCAAGAGCAGCUCACCGCUGCACCGCAAAAAGAGUCUCUCGCCAAUCAUGAGAGCAAAGAGCAUGGAAGAAAACCAUCUUUCCUCGUCCGGUUCGUCAGCAUCGAACCAUAUCGUAUCGAUUUUGAAACGAAAAACCGUAGAAUCUAAUAGCUCCGCUUCCAGUAACGCCUCGCCAGUCACGUUUUCACCUAGUGUGGUAGACACCCCGAUAAGAUCGAAUCGCCGUCAAGGUAUUCUGAAGAAACGCUGCUCGCUGGACGAAAGCAGAUAUAGCCGAAGUCACUCUCCAGACGAUCGAAGUAUUCUCGUGAAACACACACGUCGCAAUAGUUUCGAGGAUACUGGAAUUCAACACGGAAUCCUCAAACAAAAGAGCUACGAAUCGAAGGAAGAUGUUUCAACGGCAGGCAUCGGAAGCGGAAGCACCACGGCCGUGAAUUCGGUUGUUUCGCACGGAAUUCUCAAGAAGAAAACUGACAGUUCCUCAACAUCAACACCGAACGAACAGCCCAAGCACGUAUCCAUUUCGCAGGCCGUCAUUCUCGCCGCAGCAGAAAUCUGCCAGGAUAUGUUGCUCGAUCACGAACACGACCACGAUCUCCGUCCGAUUCUGAAAUCGGACUCGCAACCGUUACCAACGCCGAAACCAAUCCUCAAGAAGAAGUACUCCUCAGAAUCGGAAGAAAUUCGACCAAUCCUCAAGACAUCACGCAAAAGCAGUCGCGAGGAGAAUUCCGAUUCGGAAGAAUUGAAGCGUUCGAUACUUAAAUCUCAGGAUUCCCCGAACAAGCGUCGUUCCUUCGGCGAGCGGUCCGAUUCGGGUGAAUCCGGUAGCUCCACUGUGCUUAUGCGUAGUCGUUCGCUCGAACAUCCGGAACCCGUACCGAUGGCACCGGUCGUAGCCCAGGUGCAAAGCAUCGAAAAACCAAUCAUCUCCGUUGCCGAACGAAUCAAGCAUAUGGAAAAAUUUCUGGCUGGCCCUUCGUGCUCCUCCAGUGGCGCCGUGCCGAAGCGCAGCAACAGCACCAACACUAGCUGCACUGGGGGUAGUGCCAGUUCGCGACGAGAGUCGUACCGCUUCAAGACCCAACCGGUAACAUCGACGGAGAUUGUCAGUGUACAGCAACAAGUUGAUCGAUUGUUCGGUGAAAAUCAGGACCAGGAGUCCAACUCAAGCCUAGAGGCGCACACUGAAGAAGCGGGUUGUUUAUCGCCGGAAACCGUUCGGCCUCGAGGUUCCCUUGAGACGCUCAUUAGCAAGGAUAAGCAAUUUUCGGAGGACAAAAGUAGUGUGGAUCUGCUAUCGCCAACGCUUGGCACCGCCGAAUCCAAUUCCCACUCGAUCAGCGGAGAGUUUAACCUUGCCUCGCUGAGCUCCGACAGCGGCGUUCAGUUUGGCCGUGGUACGGCGGAGGAAACUUCUGGUGCGGACAAUGUGUCAUCGUUGAAAACAAGUGACAGCGAGAAAUCUCCUUCAAAGAAAACCAUCGACGAUGAUUUGAAUGAACUCGAGGAGGAAGACGACGACGACGACGAGGAAGAAGAAGACGAAGAAAACGAGGAGCACCUCCAGAUUAUCGAAGAGACUGAAGGACAGCAGCGAAUUUUGUUGAGUCCAUCUAUUCAUACGGAACGUACCACCGACAGUAGAAGACGCGUACCCACCAGAAAAACGUCCAGUAGUUCCAGUACCAGCGGCUCCAGUGAUUUAAGUGACCGAGAGGAGCAAAGAAUGUACACCGCUGGCACUAGUCAGCACCAUCACCAGAACCAGCGGGAAGAUUUAUACACACCGGUAAGCGAUCAGGACGACGAAUCAUUUGGGCGGCCUCGAUCCAACAGUGUCCGGGCUCGUGCGAACAUGUUCCAACAGAUGGGAAGUCGCAUGAAGGAGAACGAGUGCCCAUCGCUUCAACGGGGUCGAAGAGCACUACCGACGACGACGGCUCCUCACUUCUCGACACAAAUCAUUUCACCGACGGAUAUGGAUCGCAGUCAUAACAAUUCCGGUUCCACUAACGUCGUCGGAACUUACGGCAACAACACUAGCAACAUUUCGGAUGACUCGGGCGCUGAAUUUGAUCAAGUAACAAGCCCUCGUAAGCCCCCGUUUGCCUACCUGCCUCCAGCAGCCCAGCAGCUGCAACCAAGUGUUUCUGAACUGAAGAAGGGUAUCCUAAAAUCCAAGUCCGGCUGUGUAGGCCUAUUUCCGUCGGAUCUGAACUCCGAGCUGAAAUCGCGCCUGAAAAAAUCCACCCAUUCGUCGGUUAGCAAUCUCAAAAAGUCCACUACCGUUUCGAGCAUCGCAAACGAUGCGCCGCGAGUUGGUUCUUCGUCUGACGACGAGGACGACGGUGUCGCGCCCGGUAAGAAUCUCGCGAAAAUGCUACGUAAUGUGUCGAAUACAGCCGCGUCAUCGUCGUCGUCUUCGGUUGUCGGCGGAAGUUACGUGCCACCGGGUGGGGUAGCGCUUUUCCCCCCGUCGUCAGCAGUGCCGGUUGCUUUGCCUACCGCGUUCGCGCCGCUAAAGAAAAAUGAGUACGCCGCGAGUGGUACCACGAGUGAUGGAGAGCAUCCUGCCAGUAGCCGCGGUAAUGCAGACUCUAUCCUGAAGAAUCCAGCUGUGGCACGGCGAAGACGGCAGAAUGAAGGUUACAAGCAGCAACUGGUGAAAAGCAAAAGUCAGUCGGAACUUGCCACCUUCAUUCCGGCGUCGGCCAUCAUCUACCACAACACGGCGAAAACAUUCGGCGGCCCCGUUGGCAUCGGUGGUGCUCGGCCGGGCGGAAAUGACCCAGUGAGUAUCGGUGGAGGAGGCCCGUUUGACCCGCGCGCAGUGGCGGCGGCCAACAGUUUUCACUACGACCAGCCGACGACGAUCGAACAGCAGCAGGAGCACCACCAUCCGGUAACAGGCUUCCUCGGACUGCGGCGCUGCUUGACCGAGGAGAUGCGUCCCGAUCAGGAAUCAAUGACCAAGAGUGUCUCGAUCGCCGAACGGCUGGCGGCACUGCAGAAGAGCGGCGAGGACGAUUGGCGGAAGCGGAUUGCCAAGAAGGAUGUGACCGACGACGUCCGGCGGGAGAAUUUAGUCAAUAAUGCCAUCCUUGUUGCCAAAUCGCUCGAGAGUCCGGUUAAGAACAGCACGCCGCGCCCGUUCAGUCGGCCUGCGGACGUGGAAGGCGGUAACAUUUCCGACCGGCUCGGAAAGAUUAAGACGUCUUCGGAGAAUUGGAAGAAUCGUGUCGAACUCUCGGAUGCCACCAACUUCACGGUGGCUGGUCGAAUGGCCGCCGCCAAAGCACCCAAGUUGCCGUUCAUCAAAUCCGACACUAAGCAGUCGCCGCCGAUGAGCGUGUUCCGCAGUGUCAACCCGCCACAGCUGGGCCUCGCCAAGAGCCCAUCGAUGAUGGUAUCUUCGGUGAGCACCUCCUCAAUGCUUUACGGUCCUUCGGCUAUCCCGAACGGACCAUCGCCACCGGCUACGGGUCCCGUAGCAGCACUGGCCGCCGUGGGCCAGCAACUAUCUAGUCAACUCAGUCAACAAAGAACCGGAGGUAUGGGAGUGGACAGUUUAAUGAAGCGUAGCAUUAGCGUGCCCGGUGUGCCGUCGUGUGCCACCGGGGUAGCCGGUGGGGAUCUGAAGUCCCAUGCUGCCGGCGGUUCCAAGGUUUCAAUCCCAAAGCUGGACGACGAAAGCUUUGGCAACUUUUUCACCAAAGUCGAGAAAACCGUAUCAGCUACUAGCACCAUUAGCAGCAGAAGCAGCUUCGCUACCAUCAACACCAACAGCAGCCAUAGUAGUAGUUCCGGGGCGGAGGUUGUCAUCGGAGAUUUCGACACGCUUAAGGUCGACAGCCAGCAGCGGCUGACGCAGAAGAAGGUCGUACAGGGCCCGAAACGGCGCGGGGCAAUGUCGAAGAACCCCCUCAAGAAGCUAGCGGCCCGGGACGAUCUGCAGACGGAGUACACCGAGAUCAAAACAGGUAUCGCCGACAAAGAGUUGAAGAGACUCAAACUAGAAUCAAUCGCCAAGACUAGCAAUCUGGCCAUUGAAGCGCUUGCUGGCUUAGCUUCCGUGGAGGAUUUCAAGUCGGUCGCACUAAAAUCUAGCACCCUUCCGCUGAACCAGAGCUUUGUGCCGUACCGUGCGCUGAUGUUGCUGCAGGUGAAGGGCCGGCGGCAUGUGCAGACGCGGCUAGUGGAACCGGCGGCACGGUCCAUCAACCGAGGCGAUUGUUUCGUGCUUGUCACUCCGGAUCGGCUGUUCGCGUUCCUUGGUCAGUAUGCGAACGUUAUCGAGCGUUCCCGAGCGAAGGAGAUCUGUGACGUGAUCGUACGCGAUAAGGAUCUGGGAUGUGGAGCGGCUGCCGCGACGGUAAUCAGCGACGGUAAAUUUUGCAACGAACGACAGCUGAGAGAAUUCUGGAAGCUGCUAGGCCGCGGACAGGAAGACGAGAAAGCGGACGUGUGCGAUGCAGGUCACGCCGACGAAGAUGAGCUGAUCGAAAGCUGUCUGAUGGAAACGAACAAAGUGUACGAGUUUGACGACGAUAUGCUGGUACCGUGGGAAGAAUACUGGGGUGCUGCACCGAGGAUUGCAAUGCUCGAUCCGAAGAAAAUUCUCGUGUUUGAUUUUGGCAGUGAGCUGUACAUUUGGAACGGCAAGAAUGCAAACGGGGAAGCGAAGAGGGCAGCAAUCAAGCUGGCUCAGGAAAUGUUUACACAAGAAUAUAGCUUCGACAUGUGUCAGUUGAAUCCGAUGAAUUUUACGGAAUUGUCCGGUGACCGGCAGAGAGAUGUUAGACGCGUUUUGAAGGUUGGAACGGUACGUCCGGAAUGGUGCCUAAUUGCCAAAGUUACACAACACAUGGAGACGGUUCUGUUUCGGCAGAAGUUCAUAGAUUGGCCAGACAUUACGGUGCAGUUGAAGGACGAUGGGUAUCAACUGGGGGAAAAUCCCAGCUUGGAAAUUAAACCAGUGGAUGGGAAAAGGUUAUUUGAAGGAGAACCUUAUGUGGAACCGAAUUUGAUACUAGAGAACACGAAUUUAGGCAGAGGUAACUUUUAUUACGACACCGACUCGAUGCGCCAUUAUGAUGUACUUACAAUUUCGGUGACCCAGUGGGAGAUCGACGAAUACGAAUACAAGGAAAUUCGGGGCAGCUCCUGUGGACAUUUUUACGCUGACGAAAGCUACACCGUGCGCUGGAUGUAUCAGGUGAGUGUUACCGUCAGAGAACUCAGUGGAAAGGUCUCCAAUAGAAGCACGGUCGUAGGCCGCGAUCGUUGUGCCUAUUUCUGCUGGCACGGUUUGGAUGCUCCAGCCAAUGAAAAGGGAGCUGCUGCCCUGCUUACUGUCGAACUGGACAAAGAAAAAGGGGCUCAGGUUAGAGUUUCACAAGGUCAAGAAUCGUCUGCCUUCAUUCGAUUGUUCAAAAUCAUGUUCAUACACAAGAGUAAGAAAGCCCCCCGAAAUGUCUGGCGUUUGUACAUUAUCACCGGUAACUAUCCGGAGGAAACGGUGUGCACUGAAGUGACUUGCAACGCACGGCAGCUUCGUUCGCGUACCACAAUGGUACUUGUACAUGGCGAGAAAGGACGCGUGAUUUUAUGGAACGGUUGCAAAGCACUACCUCACACACGAGAGGUUGGACAGAAUGUACUGAACGCAAUCAUCCAAAACAGAUUCAGUGAAUUAUUUGAUGAAACUCUUGCCACGAUCAGCUCAGCCACUCUGGAGGAAGGUCAAGAAACGCAUGAAUUUUUUGAAGCCAUUGAUGGAAGCCAAACUCGUCAUCAGUACCAUUCGUUGGUUGGUUCUAACCAGGACUUCCGCUUUACUCCUAGAAUGUUCAACCUAACCAGUAUCAAUAAUGGUAAUUUCGAAGCUACCGAGUUGCAGUACAAUCUACGUUCUCAGGAUUUAGCAUCGCCUUACCCGUUCCGGCAGGAAGAACUGUACAACGUCCGUCAGCCGACGAUCUUUAUGAUUGACAACGGUCACAUACUUUGGUUGUGGCAAGGCUGGUGGCCGACAGAGGAUGGCACAGGAAGCGACAGCGGUAGCAACAGUGGCAGCGAGAAUCACAGCAGCUUCGACAGUAACCGUUCGGGUGAGAACCGUUGGCAAACCGAACGGAGAGUGGCCAUGGAAACUGCCGUUGCCUAUUGGAAUGCAAAACACUGCAGCGCUCCCAAACAGUUAAUCCUUGACGAAAUUGCGGCUUGCAAUGGUAACGAAAAUGGUGGUGGCACCACAACCGAACAGUUACCGGACGAGAACGGAAAUGGAGCUAUCGAUGAAGUGGACGAAACAUCGACGAUAAACACUGCCAACAAGAAAGCAGCCAACGGCGUCGAGGCAAACGACGACGACGACGACUGUGAUAGCGAACGGCUAACAACGACGUUGCGUAACGGCGGUGCUGCUGCGAACAAUGGUGCUCCCGGUGGACAAAAGCAGCAACUACAGCAGUCGCAGCCGACCGACGGCAUCAACGGGUAUGUGGUUUGGGCCGGGCUGGAGCCGCUGGAAUUUAUCGCCAUGUUUCCGGACUGGGAACAGCGAGACGAUGUCGCCGAGAUUAAUGUGCAGGAUGGCCGUAAAACCGCCCCGCAGCCGAUCGCCACCAGCCUGUCGCUGCUGUCCCGAAAGGAGUACCCCCUGGCGGUGCUACUGGAGCGACCGCUUCCCGAAGGCGUCGACCCAACCAAGCUGGAGCUGUAUCUUCACGAGCAGGACUACCAGGAAGCGCUCGGUCUGUCGAAGACCGAUUUCGACCAGCUGCCCGCCUGGAAGCAAACCAAGCUCAAAAAGGAGCGUGGUUUGUUCUAGAAAACACCACCAACACCCUUCGAAUAAAUUCUUUACCAACAGGAACCAGAAACCGAGGUGCACAGUCUGAUGUUGUGCUUAAAGAUUUUAACCAUCACUGUUCUUUUUUUUUGUUCUGCCUUUUGUUUUAUAUGUUUGUCUGAGUCUUCCCUGGCUUCCGCGGGCAGGUGAGCAGGAGUGUCAGACAUGAUCAAUUUUUUGGUUCGAUCAAGUUUAUUUUUUUUAUUUUGUAGUUGCUUAUUUUUGUUAUUAACUUUUUUUUAUAUUUCGUUUUUAUUAAUCGUGGCUUUCGGCUAGAUUUAUACUUCGAUGUUGUGCUAGUGUUUUAAAUUGAUGGAAGUGCGCCAAGGGCGCCCCCUCGAUGGAUUGCUGUCCAUUGAGUUUCGAAAUUAUGUACACGAAAAUAUAAAAACGAUUCUAAAACAAACUGAGAUUUCCCUUAAUUUCAAAUUAGAUUUCAUUCAGCUGCUCUGAUUAAUUUUAAAUUAAAAGAAAGUUCUGACUGCAAUUUACCUACGUUAGCUGGACAUAAUUAUAGAAACAAGCUGGAGUGUGUGAAACCAAUGCAAGUUAGAGAACGCUUUACCUUAUAAUUAUUAUCUCAAUAAACCUCAAGCGCAGACGAUUUCAUUCUGACAGCAGCACGCAAACAAAAUAUAUAUUUUCUCGCCAUAAAUACAAAACUUCAAACAAGAGUGUAAAAAUGUAAUUGUAGUAAUUUUAGUCUUGUGUAUAUUCUGUAGUUGCUUAACAUAUUGGAUUAUCAAGGUGUUUUUGUUUGUUAAUGUGUAAAGCAGCAACCUUCCCAGCUAUGUAUUUGUGUAGAUUUUGUUUUGUUUUUUCAAUAAUAAAUUAUUCGAUGCAAGCAAGCAAAGAAAAAAAAACAAGCCAACCCCUUCUCUCUUGCAGUGAUAGUUACGUAAGGAAGUAUGUUUUAUUAGUAAACGAAGUUAGCUUUUAGUAUGCGAUUGAGCAACUCCCAACUACGAACAGAAAGAAGCCUGUACUUAAGAGAUAAGAGAAAAACAGCAAAGAACUGACAUUUGUGGCACCGAGAAUUGUGACACACAAUUGUGGAGAAGACAUUUUAUAAAAGCUCUUUUUAUGCGAAAACAAAACAUGUGUGCCGUAGCCGAUGUGAGGAAAUAAAUACAAACAAACAGCAACAGGCAUUAGCAACUCUGUGUUCCAUUAUAAAACGAACAUUACGAUUAGCCCACGAAAAAUUCCCAUCAUUAAAUACGAUUGGCAUUGGUAUUUGCAAAAUGCUACUGGAAAAUCGCAUAUAUGUGAAUAAAACACACAUUUACUUCGCAGCCAGAAUGGUAUACACAAUUUUUUCUAGGAUAAAACAAAAAAACAAAAACGCAAUAAACACAAUCACUAAUACAGCCUCAUCUACUAGUGUAAAAGAUUACUACUCAUAAUCAACUUCUACCAUUGAAAAAUAUACACAUAUAAAAAAAAAUCAGAAUACAACAAUGAAAACUUCUUAAAAGAAUACACAGCAAAACCGACAGAAAAAGUGUGAUCGACGAUCGGGUUGAGUGUCCAAUGUUUGUUGCAAGGUACUCAUUUGAUUUCCCAAAAGCAUACCUACAUCAGCAAGCUGAUUGAUAACGAAAAUAAUGUCCACCGUCAUUUGAAAACAAUAGAUAGCAAACAUACAUACAUACACACGAACACACAACACACACCGAAAUAUGUCAACCAGUUUUGUAUAUGUUUCUUCGAACAAAAGUAACACAAGCGAAUUUGACAAGCAGCUGAUUUGAACUGCAACAGUAUGUGGAAAAUAUCACAUUGAAGAAAGAAAGAAAAAAACUUUUUAC